UUAUGUGUUAGCUUUCUUGCAGUUUUGCGGUGGGAAGGCAACCAACAAAACAUAAACCCCCGUCUUCCCUCUCUCUCUCUCCCCCGGAAACCAACAAAACUCUCUCUGUCUCCUCCGGCAAAACUAUAAUAAGGUUGCAUAUAAAAACCAAAGAGAAUAAAACAAAGCAUUAUAUAAUACUGUAAUAUACAAUAAAUAUAUAAAAAUAUACAUAUACAAAUACAAAUACAAAAGAAACGUUACAAUGCAUUCGAAGGAGACGAAGCGAACCUCCUCUUCUUCUUCUCGAAUGGCCUCUCUCUCCUCUCUCUUCCUCUCCUAUCCUCGUUUUCUCAGCCCUUCAAACCCUAACCCUAACCCAAGAUUUCGUCUACCCUCAAGGACCCUAACCCUAAUUUCCUCCGCCAAGGACCCUUCCGAGAAACCCAAACUCACCACCGAGCCACUGCCGCCCCCUCCUUCAGAGAAGAAGUCAUUUGCACUGGCUACCGGGGAGCUCUUCCUUGGCAUCGCGUCGCGAAUCAUCAAGACCGGUAAGGACGUCAACGGCCGCGACUCGAAUUCGGUACCGGUUACUAUGUUUCGGGACACGGAGGGGAGUCCGGAGAGGGAAUCGUACUUCUGGAAGAGGAGGAAAGAGGGGAUUGCGUCGGUGGUAGAGGACCCGGUGGAGCCGGAGGUGGUUUGGGAGCAGAGGUUGAAGGAUGUGGAGGCGGAGAGGGGUAGAAAGGCCGUGACAAGCCCUGGGUUUAGCUUCUCUGCUGCUGGGCUUUUGUUUCCGUACCAUCUUGGGGUUGCUCAAUUUCUUAUUGAGAAAGGUUACAUAAAGGAAACUACACCAUUAGCUGGUUCAUCAGCUGGUGCCAUUGUCUGUGCAGUGGUUGCUUCUGGGGCCAGUAUGCAAGAGGCCUUACAAGCUACCAAAAUACUGGCUGAAGAUUGCCGGCUUCGAGGAACUGCAUUUCGCCUUGGGGCUGUUCUCAGAGACGUUCUUGACAAAUUUCUGCCAGAUGAUGUUCAUACUAGGUCCAAUGGGAGGGUUCGUGUUGCUGUAACCCAGAUUCUUUGGAGACCUAGGGGUCUAUUGGUUGAUCAAUUUGACUCCAAAGAAGAUCUCAUCAAUGCAGUUUUCACUUCUUCCUUUAUUCCAGGAUAUCUAGCGCCAAGACCUGCAACAAUGUUUCGGAAUCGACUUUGCAUUGAUGGGGGUUUAACGCUGUUUAUGCCACCUACAUCUGCUGCUCAGACGGUUCGUGUUUGUGCUUUCCCAGCCGGUCGAUUGGGAUUACAAGGGAUUGGGAUCAGUCCCGACUGCAACCCUGAAAAUAGGGCUACUCCGCGAGAGCUAUUUAAUUGGGCACUCGAGCCAGCAGAAGAUCGUGUCCUUGAUAAGCUAUUUGAGCUUGGAUAUUUAGAUGCGGCUGUGUGGGCAAAGGAGAACCCAGUAGAGGAACUAGUUCGAGAUGACUACCAAUAUGUUGAAAAUGGUGUAGCACAAUAGCUCAAAAACUAAAUCUAUCCUCUUCGACACUGAAGAUGAAUGACAUGGUAUUGUGACCCAGAACCCCCCUCGGAUUCAGUUAUUUCCCAUUACCAUGCACAUCGGACUAGCAAAUUAUCAGUGUAUAGUGCUUAGAUUUAAUGGAUAGAAUGCAUAUUUAUGGGUCUUUUACCACAUUUUGUAUAGUGCUGCUGUUAAGUUGUAAAAAUAAAGAAAAGCAGUAGUUAUCAACUUUUUACGGUUUAAUGAUGAAACUAGUUUUCUUUCCCCCCAACUUUCUUAA